GGCGCUUUUCAGACCUGUAUCACUACGGCAUUGGACGUGUAUUCGGUGUCGCGUCGAUAUCUUUCCACUUAAAAAUCUUCACGGAAUUUCUUUCACUGUUUGUGCAACUCAACACAAGGAGCUUUCCUCUUUUCCCAGCAGUCCUGAUUGACUGGCAUGAGUGUGCGAACACCUCUCCACGACGUGCCUGAACAUGGGCCUUUUACACCUACAGCGUCCUCAAUGGAUUUCGAAAUAAACGCAGGUCCAUAUUGUUCUCCUCAAGCUGCUGGAUCAUCUACGACGUUGGGUCCUCAUUCGAUUUCCGGACGUGCAGCAUCGGCUAGCACUGUCACUUACUCAACCCCAUCUUUACCGUCAUCGCCAUCCGUGCUAGUCAAUAAUUUGCCUGUCAGUGCGGCAGAAGGAGGAGGUACACCGAAUGGGAGUGGAAGCGGGAGUGGCAGAUCUCGGUCAGCACGAAAGCCUAGCGGAUCAAGAACGCCCUCUUCACAAAGUGGGAACAAGGAAUCUGCAUCCUCGAGGAGAACACCGUCGGUCUCAUCAAAUACCUCUAUAUUAUCUGCGCCGACCGUUAGUAGCAGGCCUUCUAAAUCGUCAUCGAAUCUCGCGGCCGCAGUCACCAUCACACCAGCCGGUAUGACAGUUGGAAGAUCACAUAUCUCAAGUCGAUUUCGUGUUACACCGAAGUUACCACACUCAGAAGAGGCCGACGCACCUCCAACAUUGAUGUAUUGGAGUAGAGCGCCUGUAUGGGGACUUUGUCCAACAAGAACAAUGAGGGGUCAUACAGCCACGUUGGUCAACGAUACUGCAUGGGUUUUUGGGGGUUGCGAUGAUAAGGAUACUGCAAAAGAUCUGUAUUGUUUCGACGUCGAAACCAACCAAUGGACAUAUCCAGAAACUGUUGGAGAGCUACCACCACCCUCUCGUGCACAUUCUGCCACCCUCAUCGAUCGUAAUCGAAUUCUCGUCUUUGGAGGAGGUCAGGGUAGCCAUUACUCCGACGCGGUCCACAUCCUCGACACCUCAACGAGAAAAUGGAGCCGACACAUGUACGAAGAGGGCCCCGAUUCAGAGAAGCCUGCUGCCAGGAGAGCUCAUACUGCAGUGUAUUACCAGGGGAAAGUAUGGAUCUUUGGUGGUGGAAAUGGGUUGACGGCUUUGAACGAUGUGUGGGCGCUCGAACUUGGUGUCGGCGGUGGGGGUGACAAGGACAGCGUGAAUGGAGCCUCCACCAUAAAAAUGGAAUGGCGAAAGGUUCAUACGAAUGGUGCAAAGGGACGAGACGGUAGCUCUUUAGUACCAUCUCCUCGAGGUUAUCAUACAGCAAAUCUCAUAGGAAACAUGAUGAUCGUCAUUGGAGGGUGCGAUGGAAAGGAUUGUUUUUCAGAAGUAUGGUGCUUGAAUCUGGAUACAUGUCAUUGGACCUUGAUUGACCUUCCACAGUCAUACAGGCGACUCGCACAUACAGCGACGCAAGUCGGAUCAUACCUGUUCAUCCAAGGUGGUCAUGACGGUGCAGCUUACGUCUCUGAUACGAAGCUGUUCAACUUGAUAACCCUACAGUAUGAAACACGCCCCAUUCUCGGAAAAACACCUGUCGCGCGGGGCUAUCACGUUUCCUUGUUACACGAUAGCAGGAUAUUCUACUUUGGUGGUUAUGACGGGCUCGUUGCGUACGACGACGUUUAUGUCGUAGACUUGGCGGCAGCAGCUUAUUUACCACAAGUCACAUCUUUCACAGUGGAGGUGUAGAAAGACUUUAAUCCCAGAGUCCACUCUCGGACGUGCUAAGGGUUUUCGGUUCAGCACAGAAGCUAAGACCUGUGUCAAGUUUCAACACCUCUCUUCCCCCCCGCUCCUCCGCCCCGACUUCGAAUACGUGUACGAUGCUCACGACAUAAAAGACAUACAUUCAUGACCUUUUUCUAACGGUUUACCACUUAACCCAUUUCCUUCUGCUUUUCUCUUUUCGGGGCCCGUUGGGUAAUGGUAGCUACUGUAUGAUUCUAUUAUACUCUACAUCCCUAAACUAGUAUUACAACUUUCGAACCGUAAUUUUUCCUAACUACGAUAAAGUAGCAGUUUGACCCUCCAUUCUGAAAAAAACCUACGCCCAACAUACAAUACCUCUUAUCACG